GUAAUAAGCAAUAAUAAUCAAAAAAAUUAAAAUUUAUUUAUUUAUUUUUCAUCCCAUCAAUAAUAGCUUGAUUUUGACACGAAGGAAAAUUAACAUGAAGUAUUCUACCAAUUUGAGCUUCUUCAUUUUUGUUGUUAUAUUGUCAACAACAUCGAUCAUGGCAUCCAAUCUUAAAGUUGGUUUUUAUCGUAAGAGUUGUCCAUCUGCGGAAGCAAUAGUGAGGAAUGUGGUAAAUAAGGCUAUUUCUCAAAAUCCUGGAUUAGGAGCUGGCCUUAUUAGGAUGCACUUUCAUGAUUGUUUCGUUAGGGGAUGUGAUGGAUCGAUACUACUAGACCCAACACCAGGGAACCAAGUAGAGAAACAACAUCCUGCAAACAACCCAAGUUUACGAGGUUUCGAAGUCAUCAACGAGGCCAAAGCCGAGCUAGAAGCUCGAUGCCCUGAAACAGUCUCAUGCGCAGAUAUCAUAGCCUUUACAGCUCGAGACAGCGCCUCAAGACUAGGAGGGAUCAAUUAUGCAGUCAAAUCAGGACGUAGGGACGGAACAAUCUCCAGCAUAAAUGACCCAACAGGAAACCUUCCAAAACCAGACUUCAACUUAAAUCAACUUAAUCAAAAUUUUGCAAAUAAAGGGCUUUCUUUACAAGAAUUAGUCACCCUUUCUGGAGCCCACACAAUUGGAAUUUCCCAUUGUUCUGCCUUUACAAAUAGACUUUAUUCUUUCAAUGCAACCCACCCACAAGACCCGACUUUAGACCCUAAUCUUGCCCUUAUUUUGAAGGGAAAGUGCCAUAAUGUUCCAGCUGGCAAUCCUAAUGGUAAUGAUCCAACAGUUUCUUUAGAUUUCGUUACACCGAAUAGAUUGGAUGAUAUGUAUUAUAAAAACUUGCAAAAUCAUAGAGGGUUAUUGACGUCGGAUGAAGCUCUCAUGACUAACCCAUCAACGGUUCAUAUUGUGAGGAAAUUGGGGUCACGUGGAGGAGUUUGGGCUAAGAAGUUUGCUAAAGCUAUGGUUCAUAUGGGUUCCAUUGAGGUGCUCACUGGUAAUGAGGGAGAGAUCAGAAAAAAUUGCAGGCUUGUUAAUUCAUAGAUAUUGAUAGUCUAAGUUUUAGUAGCAUAAGAAUUUGUUUAUUCAUGCACUUUAUAUGUUGAUUCAUUAUUUGCUGAUUCAUUUUAUAUUCUUUAUUUUCAAUUGUAAUAAAAAUAUUAUUAUAUUGGUAUAAUUUGAUCGAGUGAACAUAUAUAUACAUUA